UCGGAAACGCGCAGCAGCGUCGGUCCGUCGUGUCUGCGGCUCCGCGGCUUUUCUCGGUCUCUCUCGGCUGUCGGACCCUCCGGAGAGCGGAGUCCUCUUGCAGCCCGCAGGAAAGCGGCGGAUCUUCGGCCUCACGGACGGACGGACCCGGUGGGCACCGCGGCGGGGACAGACCCGGCUCGGCUCGGCGCGCCCCCCCCUUUGCUGCGGUGGAAAAACCCGGACGGAGGCCCGCAGUGUGCGCUCAGCCUCACGGAGGCCUCCGGCCCGGACUCCCGCUUUUCUCCCGGAAAAUGGACGGAUUCACUGGCAGUUUAGAUGACAGUAUGUCUGGAGCGAGUGUCUCAGAUGUCAACGAUCGCCUCUCUGCUCUGGAGCUUCGUGUCCAGCAGCAGGAGGAUGAGUUGACAGUGAUGAAAGCAGCUCUUGCCGAUGUCCUUCGCCGCCUUACUGCCUCUGAAGUCUCUGCUGCCUCCUCAACCAAGAAACAACAUGGAGGGAAAGGCGGUGCUGCACUGCGUGAAGCCUAUUCCAUGUCCUGUAUCGCUAACGGAGGAACAUCUGGACGAAAGAGAGACUCCACGUCUGUCACCAGGAAGGAAACGGUGUCGUCAGCCGCCAAGAGUGGAGCAGAGAAGAAGACCAGCAGCCAGCGGUCUCUAAUGGAGGAGAUCCAGGAGCGAGAGGAGUCUCCUCGGCCAAAGGACUCGUCCCCUUCUCCCUCUUCUCCCCACCCUCCCCAGACCCCUCAGAUCCCCCAGAGACUGGCCCAGUCCGGUGACAGCAGUAAAGGCCACGCCCCUCCCAAAAGGGGACCCAGUGUGAAGCGAUCCUCAGGUAUGGAGCGUUCGCAGAGCAGCACCUGGGACACUUCAGAGGAAAACAGGAACAAACUGGUGAAAGCUGCAUCCACCUCGAAACUGCUUGCCAAAGUGGCCAAGAAUGCUGAGAGACACAAGGACCCGGUGGUCAGUCAAGCCAAAAUGUCGACCCGAGAGAAAAACAGCCAAGCUGAGGGGAACCACAUUAAGAUGUUCAUGCGUGGUCGACCGAUCACCAUGUUCAUCCCUUCAGACGUGGAAAACUAUGAGGACGUUCGCACCGAACUUCCCUCUGAAAGACUCAAGCUGGAAUGGGUGUAUGGUUACCGUGGCAGAGACUGCAGAGCGAACGUUUACCUCCUUCCAACGGGAGAGAUCGUUUACUUCAUCGCCUCCGUCGUUGCUUUGUUUAACUAUGAAGAACGAACUCAGAGACAUUACCUCGGACACACCGACUGCGUCAAGUGUUUGGCCAUCCAUCCUGAUAAGAUCCGGAUCGCUACAGGACAGAUAGCAGGAGUGGACAAAGACGGACGGGCGCUGCAGCCUCACGUUCGAAUCUGGGACAGCGUCAGUCUGUCGACUCUGCAGGUUGUCGGUUUGGGAACGUUCGAGCGAGGUGUCGGCUCUCUGGCUUUCUCCAAAGCUGACUCUGGUCAGCACCUGAGUGUUAUUGAUGACUGUAACGAUCACAUGUUGACAGUUUGGGAUUGGCAGAAAAAGUCAAAGAUUGCUGAGAUCAAGACCACUAACGAGGUGGUCCUGGCUGUGGAGUUCCACCCCACUGACCCAAACACUAUCGUCACCUGUGGAAAAUCCCACAUCUUCUUCUGGACCUGGACCGGGACCUCGCUGGCUCGUAAACAGGGAAUCUUUGGGAAAUAUGAGAAGCCAAAGUUUGUUCAGUGUCUGGCCUUCCUGAGUACUGGAGACAUCCUGACUGGAGACUCUGGAGGAGUCUUGCUGGUCUGGACCAGGAGUUCCGCAGAGACCCCCACUGGGAAGGGACCCAGAGCAUUUCAGAUCAGUCGGCAGGUCAAAGGUCACGAGGGCAGCGUGUUCUGUAUGUGUGAGAUGAGGAGCGGCACUCUGCUGACUGGAGGAGGGAAAGACCGAAAAAUCAUCCUGUGGGACCACGAACUGCGAGCUGACCGUGACAUCGAGGUCCCAGAUCAGUACGGAACCAUCAGAGCCGUGUCUGAGGGGAAGGGGGAAGAGUUUCUGGUUGGGACAUCUCGUAACUUUAUCCUGAGAGGAACCUUCAAUGAUGGCUUCCUGGUGGAGGUCCAGGGUCAUACAGACGAGCUGUGGGGCUUGGCCUCUCAUCCGUCUAGAGAGAUGUUUCUGACCUGUGCUCAGGACCGGCUGGUCUGCCUCUGGAACUCGGUGGAUCACAGUCUUCAAUGGAGCCGCAUGCUGGAAGAACACGGACACUGUGCAGACUUCCAUCCCAGCGGAGCAGUGGUCACCAUAGGAACACACUCAGGAAAGUGGUAUGUUCUGGACGCUGAGACCACCGACCUGGUGGCGAUCCACACCGACGGGAACGAGCAGCUGUCAGUGAUGCGCUUCUCUGUUGAUGGCAGUCUGCUGGCUGUUGGAUCUCACGAUAAUUUUAUUUACCUCUACACCGUCUCUGAGAGAGGACGCAAGUACAGCCGAUAUGGGAAGUGCACAGGACAUUCCAGCUACAUCACACACCUGGACUGGUCACCUGACAACAACUUCAUCAUGUCCAACUCUGGAGACUACGAGAUCCUCUACUGGGACGUUCCAAAUGGUUGUAAGUUGAUCAGAAAUCGCUCAGAGUGUAAAGACAUCGACUGGGCAACGUACACCUGCGUCCUGGGAUACCAUGUAUUCGGUGUGUGGCCCGAGGGUUCAGACGGCACCGACAUCAACGCUCUGAUCAGAUCUCACAACAGGAAGGUUAUCGCUCUGGCGGACGACUUCUGUAAAGUUCACCUGUUCGCCUAUCCCUGCUCCACCCCCAAGGCUCCCAGCCAUAAGUACAGCGCCCACAGCAGUCAUGUGACCAACGUCAGCUUCCUGUAUAAAGACAGUCACCUGAUCUCGACGGGAGGGAAGGACACCAGCAUCAUGCAGUGGCGUUUGGUGGAGAAGUCUUCACUGUCCCUCGCCGACGGCCUCCUGUCUAACUCCACCCCGCAUCGGGGGGACCCGGUCUUCACCGCCCCUCCUCCGAAACAGGAACCUGCUCCUCCCCUGACCGCCAAUGGGACCCAAGAACCUUCCCCGGAUACCCCACCCCCGACCGAAUUAACCCCACCUGUCUCAGAAUUAACCCCGCCCCGCUCCGAGUCAACUCCGCCCCCCUCGGACAGCACGGUGAGUCUGAAGGACAGCCUGGAGCCGAGCGACGACACGGCCACGCCCAGCGACGAGGGGCUGCCCCCCCUCACCCCCCCCUCAUAGACAGAGAAAGUUGGUGGUUGUGUGUGUGUGUGUAUGUUCUGGUACAGCUAUCUUUGUGAGGACCCAGCAGGGUUUUACACCUUGUGAAUAAAUUUUUAAAUAAAUGUGGUCCUCACUCUCAGAUUCAGGGUUCAGAUUUAGGAUCUGGUUUAGGAUCUGGUUUAGGUUCAGUUUAGAAUAAUGGUUGGGAUUGGACCUGUAGCUGCGAUGGUCAAGUGAGAUUUAAUACAAUACGAUACGUAACUCAGUCGAGUGUGAACACAGACAUGAAACACAUGUUUAUCAUUCAUUGUUUCUGGUGUCCAUCCAGACUAACCCCCCCAGAAAUCCACUGAGAAAUCAGAGAAGAAGACACAGCAGGACUUCCCUGAGAAUCAUCAUGUUUUUAAGUUUUCAGUGAUGUUUGUCUGUAGCAGAAUGUUACUGGAGAGAUUUAAAGGUAAACUAACAGAAUCGAUCAUGACAUAAUGGACCUGCAUUAUGUCACUGAGGGUCCUCACAAGUAUAGAAGUACGUGUGUGUGUGUGUGUGUGUGUGUGUGUGUGUGUGUCACAGUUUGAAGAACCUGGAGAGUCUGAUUUACCUGAGCAGAGACACCUGUCACACCUGGAAGUUUACUCUCAUCCUUAAAACAUGAUCCUCGAAAUCCUUUUAUUUAGUUUUUUUUAAAGGGGUGUGGAGAGAAGGUGGGAACACCUGAACAAAAGACAAAAGAAUUAAGGGAUGAAAACUGACAGGUGAUGCAGUCUCAGGUGUGUCAGGUAAUAAGUGCAGAGUGGUUGAGCAGGAAGUGUUGGAGGGAUCGGAGAGGACCUGCAGGCCUUACAUGUCUUUUAGAAACUUGUUUGGAUAAAAAUUCUUUGAGGAUAAAAAACUUAAUCUUGUUUUCUUGGUGAGUUUUAGUGAUGAUUGAUUUCUGGCUGCUGACAGUUAUCAAAGGAAUUUUAAAAUGAGAUUCAUUAAUCAACUCUUCUUUGUUGAUAAAGUGCCAAAUUCAACAACUCUGAAAAACGUCUCACAAUAAAAGCCCCCAGGGAGGGACAUUACUAUUGAAGGUUUUUAAUGUGAAUUAUGAUCGAUACAGGACAAACCAGAGCGGCUCAAAUCUAUCAAUCUAAUCACAUGUCUCAGUUUCUGAACGUAAACAAUCACAAUUAUCGGGCUCACUAAUAAAAAGUUAAAGGAACAGGAAGUGUGACUACGACCCCCCAGUGUAUUUCACUAAUAAACAGCCAAUCACAGAGCUUCACAUUCUGUUGUCUCAGUUCAGAUAGAGGACUUCGAUAAGUCGGUCAAAUUCAGUCCAGUCCGGCCUUAAAGACGCAGUUCUUGGACCUGUUUCAAGAGCCUCUCACCUGAGACAGGUAAGCUUCAGUCCAGAGUGCAGAGGGCUCGAGGCUGAAGCUAAGUCACACUGAUAACAGGAAACAGGAAGUAAAGAGGUGGAAACAGGAUGUCGGCAGGAAACAUGUGGUCAGCCUCCAGAGUUAAAACCGUGACUCAUCAUCAGAAUCCAGAGGUGACAAAAGUGCGUCGCUCUCUGUUUGUAUAUUCUGCACAUACCUGUGUGUAUAUUUCUGUUCACCACCAGGGGGCAGCAGCUCCUCAGCUACACUGUACAAAUACUCAGCCCCUCUUCACCUUCAACACUUACAUCACUCAGCCAAUGAGGUCACACGGAACACAUGUGGGCCUUUCCUCUGAUUGGCUGGAUCUCAGUGAUUCACUGAAUGACUGCUGAUGAUGUUUGUUUUUGUCUCUUCUGGACCAUUUCUGUUCAAAUGUAUUCUGGAUGUCAUGAUGACGUCUUGGGGGGAGGGGUACAUGUUUUUUCAAUACUCUUCAUCUUUCAUGUCUUUGUCUUUUCUAUGCUUGUCCGUCUGAAGGGCUUGUACAGAGUUCAGGGACUCACCUGGAUGUUCAGGGAUGGGUGGGGUUAUGGGAGGGGCGUAUCGAGUAUAUGGGGAUAUAUGGGAGGGACGUGGUCUUGUGGGAGUUUCUGGAUUAAAGUGUUUAUUUUUCAUGGAUCAGUAACGACAUUGAUACAUAUAAUGAUGAUGAUGACGAUGUUCAUGUGACUGUUUUGAGCCAAUCACGUCUUCUCUCAUGCAUUCCUGUCAGACGACAGACUGUACUGAAGAUUUCAACAAAAAAAUGCAAAUAAAUGUUUUGAAAACUGA